AUGGCUACGGGGGUGGCAGUGCCUCCAGACAAACAGAGAAUCACUCAAGUGGAGAGUUGUAGCGGAACCGCGACGGAGUCCGUUGCUGUUGCGGUUGGUGAACGUAUGAGCGCCACUACAUUCCCUGGGCAACUGGACGGAUGUUCCUCUGUUGCUGCUGCCGUUUGUGCAGAGGCAGUUGCUGAACAAGAGCCAGGGCUCCAGAUAGUAAGGAAGGGACGGGCAGGGAGUGCUAUUAGCACAUGUUCCGUAGGCGCGCCCGGAGGAAGUAGCGGUGCCUCCACAGCAACAGGGGAGCGGGAUGGCUCUGUAAGUGUUAUCGCUCACUCCCAGGGAGAAAAUAGCUCGUUUUAUGAUGGUGUGGGACCCUCCCGUGGCCCCGUUGGCCCUGAUCAGGGUGGCCAAAACUGUAGCGUGGCGGCCGUCUUAAAGCGCCAGGCCCUCCUGGCUGCCAUAGGCCUGCAGCACUCGCCAAAAUCUGACAGGCUUUAUCUCCAAUCCCAUGCAUGCGCUAUCCUUCACUUCAUAGCUCUUUUCAUGUCCUUCGUUAUGCUCGUCACCCUAUGGGGCAUUUUGGACGUCGCUGUGGAGAUUUUAGCCGGCCCCAAUAGCGUUGAUCAGUUGCAGGGCUAUUCGGUGAUGUUGGCGGUCGGUUUAUUGCUCACUAUCGUGCUAAAGCUCGUUGAGAACCAGGGUCUUAAACUAACAGUCUACCCAACCCUGAUUGUCUCCCUGAUUACGGUUGUGGCGGCGUGGGGAAUUAUCGAUGGACUGGUGGAGGUCGGUGCUCUGGGGAGCAAGCAUUGUGAAGGUCUGAUUUAUGCCUUGUUUUUUAUUGUGGCAGCUGCUCUCGUGUCUUUACACACCUGCUUCUGCAACAGGAGUUUCAGCACUCAGCUGCACCGGUUUGUCUGUUACUAA